GCUGUGGUCGAGACUGCACAAACAGAAAAACAGAAAAAGUGAUAAUUCAAGUUAGACAUCCUUUCGAACGCUUAGUUUCAGCUUACAGACAUUUGUUUGUAACUGAAGGCUGGAAGGAUUUAAAGCUUAUGAAAGAAAAUAUCAGUGCAGAGACAAUCCAAAAAUUUACCAACAUAAGCUGGAAACAGUUUGUCCAUCUUGUUCUGAACCAGGGAUUAUUCAAAAAGAGAAGUUUAGAAGAAAUUUAUUCUCAACAAAAAAACCAAAUGUUUGAGGCUCUAAUGCUGGUCCACUGGGCUCCUAUAUGGUUGACAACUGCAGUUUGCAAUCCCACAUACCAACCUGAUAUAAUUUUAAAGCUGGAAAACUUAGGCUACGAGUUCAACUUGUUUCUGAAUAUCAUUGGUUUACCUCCUUCAGAAUAUACUUUACUUCAACUAGUUGUUAAGGGGCUCAAAACAGAAUCAUCUGUAGAGAGAAGCUCUUCUAAAUUAGAUGAUUAUAAGAAAUACUUUUCACAACUUAGUAAAAUACAGGUUUACAGUUUGUACAAGAUGUACAGUCUGGAUUUUGAGCUGUUUAAUUAUUCCGUCCAAAAGUAUGUGGAAUGUGCACAAGAUUGACUUAUAAGAUUUGAAAUAAAUUGUUGGGGAAUAAAA